GCAGUGCCAGUGAACGGGAAGCGCCGGCGGGAUUUACCACCUACGCCCGGGGUUGGAGCCCCCUUGGAUGCAGCGCCCAGCUCCUUGCACAGACACGUUGGAGCUGCUGGGGCAGAUCGACAUUCCCAGGCAUUGGUGCAAAGGAGAAACCAGAACCCUUCUGUUCCUUCCUGUGGGUGCCCUCGCUGGGGCUGCAUUCCGGGGCACCUGCAGGAGGAAGAUGAUGGGAUUGGGGCAUUCAGAUCCCAGCGCCAGGGAUGGUGAGGAUGAUGACGGGGACGUGUCCAAGUGCGUGGUGUGAGCACCAGGAGCGAGCGGAGCGCGAUGCAGCGUGUGGCGCCCGGCUGAGGCGAUGCCAGCACUUCCCACCGCAUCCCUAUCCCCUGCUCCAGGGAGCCGUGGUGGCCGUGCCAAGAGGAGUUUUUCCUCAGGCGAGGUGUUUACCCAGUGGCUUCCUCCCUGGCCUCACCCCGCUGGGCAUACACGCGCCGGACCCGGCGCCUUUUGGUGCUGUUUGCGCCCAUGGCAACGUGCGAGUGCCGGUGGUUGUGAGAGGCGGCGUUUGUCCUUCCUCUUCCUCCUCCUCUGCUGCCCCGGCGCUGAGAUGGACACCUUCAGCACCAAGAACCUGGCCCUGCAGGCCCAGAAGAAGCUCUUGAGCAAGAUGGCUACCAAGACCAUAGCCAACGUCUUCAUUGAUGACACCAGCAGCGAGAUCUUGGAUGAGCUCUACCGGGCCACCAAGGAGUACACCCACAACCGCAAAGAGGCGCAGAAGAUCAUCAAAAACCUCAUCAAGAUCGUGAUGAAGUUGGGCGUUCUCUACCGCAACGGGCAGUUCAGCGCCGAGGAGCUGCUGGUGAUGGAGCGCUUCCGCAAGAAGGUCCACACCUUGGCCAUGACGGCCGUCAGCUUCCACCAGAUAGACUUCACCUUCGACCGCAGGGUCAUGUCGGGCGUGCUCACCGAGUGCCGGGACCUGCUGCACCAGGCUGUCAACGGCCACCUCACCGCCAAGUCCCACUCCCGCAUCAACCACGUCUUCAAUCACUUUGCGGACUACGAGUUCCUCUCGGCUCUCUAUGGGCCAUCCGAGCCCUACCGCACCCACCUGCAGCGGAUCUGCGAGGGGGUUAACAAGAUGCUGGAGGAGGACAACAUAUGAAGGUGGCCGAGGCAGCGCGGGCGCCUGGUUUGAGCAGCACCGGGCUCGGUGUCCUCUUCUCUGCAGCACAACCCCAUUUGCUCCUUGUGUCUCCACCAAACUGAACCUCUCGACUGUGUCUAACCCUUGCCCAGGGUCUGCAAACCCCUCCCUGUGCUGGGCUGAGCCCUUCCCGGGUGACCCUGGGCCUCUGGGCUCCUGCUGUACAGUUUCAUUUCCUUUGUCCACUAAGUGCUCUUAGCUCCGGGUCCAAGGAACCGGACUCCUCCCCUUGAUCUCUGUUGUAACUCUCCUGGGGGAGACCCAGACCAAAGGCUCUUGGUGUGUGACGCCUCUCGGGGCUCUCUGAGCGGGGGGCGGUUGUUUGGAUGGACACUGGUGAGGGCUGGGGAGCCCCAUGGUUUCCUUUCUGCAGCUCCACGAUGUGCUGGGAGCAAAUCGUGGCCCACACUGGCACCGCACGGGGGGGAAGGCGUUUCUGCACCUUGCAGGCUCUUCAAAGACAAGGCCUGGGGACCAGAAGGAUCCCACCCCACCUGUCCGCGGGAGCAGGGAGGGAGCUGCUCCUUCCCCGCAUCCCAGCUACAUCAGAGACACAAUUCCCCCCCCCGGCUGCUGCGGUGGUACCACUGCGGUGGCUCCGGUGCCUUUGGUGGUGUCCAAAGCCCUCCCAUGGAUUCCAUACAUUUCACGUGUCCUCCGCUGAGUUCUGGCUGUGGUUUUUUAGCCGACUGUA